GGCAUUUUUCAGGGGCCUAGUUCCCCUGAGCCAAGCACUCAGACAGCUCUGCUUUCACCAGCUGAGCCCCACAAGGACAGGUUGGCUACUAUCUGAGCCAAACAAGCACCCACGACCAAAAUAGCCGUCAGAUGACCAGAGGGCCUGCUCUGCCUUCUGCCCAGAGGCGAACUGCUCACAGCAGCUGCAGCUAAAAAUAAACAAGGGCAUACAUCUUUGGGGGACUCUCAAGGGGAGAGCUCGGUCUUGCUUUUGGGCCACCACAGGCAGGCACAAUGAGAUCGCUACGCUCCAUUUCGGCUGAGACCCUGGUGUCUCACCCCCAGGUGGCCCAACAGAGCCUGGACGGUGUGGCCCACAACCUGUACCCACUCCUGUUCAAAGCCAGCUACUUGCUGGAGCAGGCAGAGGUGAUCCGUGUCCUGUUGGAGCACUGGCCACUGGAGGAGUUCCGGCUGAGUGCGCUGCUCGGACCGCGCUCAGAACCCCCAGAGGACCUGCGGGACCGCACCUGCAGGGCCUGCCUGGAGGCCUGUGUGCAGGGCCUUGCAGACCACGUGCUCCGGGCCGGGGGCCCACAGCGGCUCCGUGUGGCUGACCUCACAGGCGUCCGAGACGUGCAGGUGCAGCAGUGCCCCUGUGGGAGGGCGCUGGGCAGGUGGGGCCGCACUGAGCUGCUGGCCAGGACGUGCUGCCAACUGCAGGCAGAGUCCCUAGUGGCCCAGCGCCCCAUCCGGGUCCUCGCCGAUCUCUUUGUCACAGAGGGAAACUUCGAGGUGGUGGUGCAGGCCCUGGGGCCGGCAGGCCCUGCCCCCCUGCGUGUGCACUGCCUGUCCUUCCGGGCAGACAGUCUGAGCCCCAGCCAGCUCUUGCAGGUGCUGCGUCUGGCCGGGCCAGGUGAGCUGCGCAGGCUGGAGGUGGUGCACAACGUGCGGCUGCAUGCUGGCCAUGUGCAGCAGCUGCUGGCCCAGGUGGGCUUCCCCCAGCUGGCCUCGCUCACCCUGCCUGCCAAGGCCUUCGAUGCGCCCCCCACCAGCACCCCAGCCUCUGAUGGCGAGGACCCCCUCCUCACCUCCAUUGCCUGGGAGCUCAGCCAGAUGAGCCAGCUCACGGAGCUGUGUGUGGCCUUCUCCACGCUGACAGGGAAGAUUCCGGAACUGCUCGGCCCCCUACGGACCCCACUGAGGACCCUGGACCUGGCCAACUGCUCCCUGAACCACGCAGACAUGGCCUUCUUGGCAGACUGCUCCCACACCACACACCUGGAGGUGCUGGACCUCAGUGGACACAGCCUGUUCCACCUGUUCCCUUCUACCUUCUUCAGGCUGCUGAGCCGGGCUGCCCAGACGCUGAGGGUCCUCACCAUGGAGGAGUGCAGCAUCGAAGACAGCCACGUGAACAUGCUGGUCUUGGCCCUGAGCCCCUGCCACAAGCUCUGUGAGCUCCGCUUCCUGGGGAACCCGCUGUCUGCCCGGGCCCUGAGGCGCCUCUUCGUGGCUCUCUGCGAGCUGCCCAAGCUGCAGUGUGUUGAGUUCCCAGUGCCCAAGGACUGCUACCCUGAGGGCACCGCCUACCCCCAGGACGAGCUGGCCAUGUCCAAAUUCGACCAGCAGAAGUAUGAUGUGAUUGCCGAGGAUCUCCGUGCACUGCUGCAUCGGGCCGGCCGGUGCGACAUCCAAGUCUGCACGCCCCUCUUUGGAAGUUUCGACCCAGAUAUCCAAGAAACAAGCAAUGAACUUGGAGCUUUCUUGCUGCGAGCUUUCAAAGCUGCUCUAGAAAACUUUUCCAGAGCACUGGAACAAAUGGAGUAGGCCCUCGAGCAGAGCAAGACGGCCCUUGCCAUUCAGCUGUGCGGCAGCUGGACUUCUGAGUCGGCAGGCUUGGGCAUCCGCUCCCCCGGCCACCACCAGUUACAGCAUCUCUUAGUGAAACUCGCACGUGGCAGGAGUUAAGCACCACACGAGAGGAAGCCCUGGCUCCAGGACAGGUGACUUGAGGCCACGUCAGUGGCAAACAGUAGAACGGUAUGGGCUGGAUGCGAGCAAGAAGGGGGAGCCCAGACGUCCAGUGGGGGCGGAGAGAACGUGAGAACUGUCUCACUGAGUACUCAGUACUCAGUACUCAGUACUGCCCAUGCCACGUGUGGCCUGUCUGCAGUGCUGACGUAUUUACAAAUUCCACCCCAGCAUGGAACAUGGGAUUGGUUGUUAAUGGCUUGAGCCCGAGGACACAGAACGGCUUCCUGGAGGGCCUCUGUCCCCGCCGGUGAUAACCCCAUUGCUGCCCGUUUCCUGCCUCCCUUUGGACCCUGACCCCAGAGGACCCUCCGCUCAGGCCAAGGCGAGCUCCUCUGUGAGGUUGAGUCCUGGCGCGUAAAUGCCUCAUCACAGCAUUCGGACUUGGUUUCUACCAAGAUCUGAUUCCUGCAAAGGGCCAAGUGUUAGGGUGAUUAGAUACUAAUAAAACAGUA